UCUUUUUUAAAAAAAAAAAAAAAAAAAAAAAAAAAAAAAAAAAAAGAAGAUCGAUCCCCAACAUGGGUGGGAGAUCGAUCCCAUUUUCUUGGCAGAGAGCAACAAAAAAAUAGGCCAAGUGAAUUGAUCCCCCGUCCACGUGGAUCGAUCCCAUUUUACUUGUAUUUCCCCCUUCUCAUUAAACAGUGAAGGGGACAUUUUUUGCCUAAAAUUGUCGAUCCCCCAUCAAAGCAGAUCGAUCGCCCCUUAGCCCUUGAAACCACGAAUACAUUCCUCUUCUCUGUUCCUUGAAAUUUCUAUUCCUCCCCAUAAAUUUCUUCACCCAAUUUUCUUCCUGGCGUUCGAGUGGAAUACGAACCGAAAUCUCCCGUUGUUCUCUUGUUUUCUUCAACUCGUCGCAUAUGUUCGCUGUUCUUCGUCGAAUCUGGGUCGUUCUUCGGCGAUCAAGGCUGUUUCGGCCUUUAUUUUUUCGACGUUGCGAUCUCGGCUAGGACGCUGUUCUUUUCUGAUCGCGUCUGUUCUGUUCUUCUUUGGUCGCACCAUCUGAUCGCCUUUCCGGCGAUCAAAUUUGUUCGUAUUCCGGCGUCGGAUAUGGGUCACGGCUGCUUCAUAUUCCGGCAAUUUUGACUAGGCUUGUGCAGCGAUUCGCGGCUGGUUCUUCUCACAUCGCAACUGGAUUGCGGGUCUUUCCGGCCAGAAUGCGAAACGUCGUUCUCCAGCGAUUUUAGCUGGAUUUCGACUGGUUCUGUUUCAGAUCUCGGUUGGGUGCGAUUGGGGAAGUUGGGUUGCCGAUUUGGUAGGUUGUAGGUCUGAAAAAAAUUCCGGCGCCGUUUGUUUCGCCUUUUAUUUUCCAGCGCUGGCUGGGUUCUCUGUCGCGGCAGCUCUUUCCGGCCAUUCCGGCUGGGCUUAAAUUCCGGCGCUAUUUGAGACUCGCCCUUUAUUUUUCCGGUGUUGUAACUGGCUGUUCCCUCCAGCGAUUUUGGCUGGAUUUUGAUUUGGUUUCUUCAACGAUUCUAGCGGCUUUUGACUGGGUUUUCUCCGGCGAGUAUGUGGACGUUUCAAACCCUCUAAAGAAACUCCCAAAGCUAUGUGGCGCAACACACGUCUGGAUUUUGAGACUACCUUCGACAUUGAAGGUACGUUUCGCCACAAUGACACGACUGAAUGGGCAGUGUUAGAAUUUGAAAUGAGGCAUUUGUCCUGCCUUUUUAGACCAGUUACAGAGGUUGCCUAUCCAAGUAUUAUGCGCCUGUUUUAUCAGAAUAUGGAAUGGUUUAGUGAUGCGCCGGACAUAUUAGCUACAACCAUUGAUGGUGUCCGAAUUCACUUUGGUGUCUUGGACAUAGCCCAGGCAUUGGGGUGUCCACAUUUGUGCCCCACUGACUUGCUAGCAGAGAAUGGGGAGCUACGUUUUGGCAAAUUCUCGAAAAAACCUACUGUGCAUUAAAUUGUUAAAGAUAUGUGUGACGGGAAGUAUGGUGACAAGAAGAAGAAGAAUUGUGCCAGCAAGUCCUCACUACCUAAGGAUAUGUGGUUUUUCGAUCAGGUUCUGAAACGGAAUGUUUUUCCAAUAGGUCAUAAGGUACAGCGGGGAUAAGAGUUCUUAAUAGCGUUAUAUGCUACCCACACUGGAGCAUGGUUUUCUGUUCCAGCUUUUGUCUUUAACCAAAUGCAUAAAUAUUGGAAGCAUUUAGUGGUGAGUGGGGAUCCGAAUGCGAAAAAAUGGAAACUUCCGUUUCCGUAUCUUAUUACCCAGCUCCUUGUCCUUCGGCGCUUCGUGGUUGAUAAUGAUGAGAUCUCUGAGGCUCCACGGGUGACUUUUAGGCUAGCACAGUGGAACUUAAGCCUUUCUCAUAUGCCUAGUGCCAAGAAGGAAGGUGAUGGCAUGGUAGCAGGUGCUAGAGAGGACGUGAAUGCCCUGGUUGAGGACGUCGUUGGGAGGUCUGAGGAGCAGAUUGCUGAUGGUGCUACUUAUGAGAUAGCACAGGCUGUGUCACCACAUGCAGAGGAGUCUGCAGGGGUGACUAGGGCAGAGUUCAAUGCCAUUAUGGGGCAGUUGAGGACCGAGUUAGCUGAAUCUCGAGAGCAGCAUCGAGUCGAGCAUGUUGAGCUUAUACAGCAGCACACCACUACCCAGCGCAUGCUACGAGAUCUAUAUGAGAUUGUUUCAUCGAGUCUCCCACGCACUUCCACAUUACCACCUGAUGCAUGAUUUCUUUUGUCUAUUUUAUGCUGUUCAGAUAUUUCUAUUUUAGGUGGAUGGGAUUUUAUGUGGCUAUAGCCAGAUUUUUGUGAUUUAGAGCUGGCUAUUUUGAGAACUUGUAAUUCUAGGUUUUGAUGAUAUAUUUUGGUUUAAUUCAUCCAUAUACAUAUAUGAUUGUUUUUGGCUUUGUUAUUCAUAUUCAUUUAAAAAAAAAAAAAACAAAACAAAAAAAAAACAAAACAAUAAUAAAUAAAUAAAAUAAAAAAAAACAUAAAAAAAUAAAAAUUGCAAAGUAUCAUUCCGUCUUGCUAAAGACGUUAAACUUAGCCCAUUUUUCUUAUUUUUGUUUAUUUACUUUAUUUUGUUGGUUGUAUAUACAUGUUCUUUUCCUUUGUUUCUUUAAAAAAAAAAAAAAAUGUGUUACCAGUAUGCCCUUAUGCUUGGUUAUGACUAUUUUUAUCUUUUAUCAAGGGCAUUCAUCUCAUAUUUCUUUGCCUCUUAUUAUAUAUUGUUUUGAACUGUAUGCAUUGCUUAUUUCAUAUGUAUUUGAUGUGAGUUUGCUAGUAUGGUUAUACAGCUAGGUUUUUGCAUCCAAGUUUGGGGGAGACAUCUUUCCUACUGGAUCAUUGCCGGACUUCAUAGUCUUUGCCAUUACGGUAUACUCUUUCCAUCAUUUUUCAUUGUUCUCAUUGCAUAUUGAGGACAAUGUACAGUUUAAGUUUGGGGGUAAGGUCAUCAUGAUUCAUUCUAUUUAAGUUAAGCUUUAAAUGCAUGAUGAGAUUUGAGAUGUGUUUGGCAAUGAUUUUGAACUUUUGAAACAUAGUGCCAUUGGAAAGCAAGUUGUUAGAGUCUAAUACUUCUUGUAUGCUCUAGGAUGCCAUUUAGGGGAAAAUUUUAAUUUUUGACAUCAUGUUUGUUUUUGUGGUACACAUCAUCUUGUUGGUUGAAAAUGCUUUAAAAGUUGAUUCUAGAAUUCUACACUUGUACUUGCGCACACUAGCAUUCAAUUUGUGUGGUACAUGCUUAGUUGAUUAUUGUCUUGGUUUAUCCCAAUUGAGCUAGUAUGCUUUGAAAGCUUUCAUUCUUGAUAAAAUGACCUUGCAAAGAAAAGAAAUAAAAGCACUCACCAAAAGUGAGGAAUAAAAAAUAAAAAAUAAAAAAUAAAAAAACUGCAUUCUUUCAACAUGUCAACUGAUUAAAAAGGAAAACAAGGGAAGAAUGUAAGAUGUAUGAUUAGUUUGAGUUCGUAACCUAACCAUUCCGAGUCAUUACACCCUUAGGAGUGUCUUUACACUUAACGCCCUAAGACCAUCUAGUUUGGAAGUCGUUGGCUCAACGUUUGUUACAUGGGGUGAUUAGAGAGCGUAAGGAACUUGGACAUUGCACAUGGUCAUACAUAAAAUAAAAAUAAUAAAUAAAUGAAAUCAAUAAAAAAAAAGUAUGUUUGAUUGAAUAACAAGGUUCAUUCAAUGUCUUGAGGAUUGGUACUAUAUCUGUAUGCUAGUUUGAGGGUAAGGCUACGCCAUUACUUUGAUUUGCUAGGAUAGCAACACAUUUUGAUGCUGGUUCACUCAAAAAAAAUGAUAGAAUUGAUUCAAUUUGCAUGAUUAAUUGCUUGAUGUGUGGAGGACCAUUCUUGCUUACAUGAUGUUGAAAUAUUGAGAAUAGCUUAGAAAUGGCAGAAUUUGUAUACUUGAGGUAGUCUACUUUCAACACUUGUUUAAUAUAUGUCGUUGCUUCUCAAGUAAGAAAGAGCUUUUGAUGUUUGUGGGUACCAUUUCUGAAAACCCUCACGAGACUUCACUCGUCCACUAGGGGUAACCUAGGGGUUUAAAAGGCUUGUUACAUAUGCUAAAUACAACUGUGAUCCCUACGAAAGUGGUGUUAUCUUUAUUUGUUUUAUUAGUUCAUAGUUCUAUAUAUGUUUAUUUCAUUUUCAUGCUAUAGUUCAUUGCUAGGGACUAGCAAUAUCUAAGUUUGGGGGAGUGAUAA